CAGUUGUUCGAUUAUAUUGCCUUUCAUUAAAUACUGUAUUGCUUGUGCUUGUCGUAUUCAAUAAUACAAUCAAAUCACUCUCUGUAUUAUUGUCAAGAAUAAGACACACUAACAUGGAUAUUGCUUCUGUUAACAAUAUAAUUGUGUUCAGUUUAUGUUUAAGUGUGAUGUCAAAAUGUGAAUCACAAUAUAUAGGUGAAUGCUUCAGUGGUUAUCAAAUGGCUGACACAUUUUGUUACAAGUACUAUUACACAAGUCGCUCAACGUGGAACGAGGCCGAUGCGAGGUGUGAGCAGGAUGGUGCGUUUCUUAUAAAAUUGGAAAGCUUGACUAAGUUGCGUGUUGUAAAGUCAAUCAUACAAACCGAAGAGCUUGGACUAAAUGCGGCGAAUAUAUCCAUCGAUGUCUGGGUCGGUGCUCGCAACUACUCGAAUGGUUUUGUGUGGAAAGAUGCCACUGGUGUGUCUAGCGAUCUUUGGAAUGAAGGUGAACCAAGCAAAUGUGCUGAUAACAAAGAAGAUUGUGUCCAAAUUAAACACAGAACGGACUGCUACUUGAAUACCUUCCGGUGUGAUUUCCAACAAGCCUUCGUAUGCCAAGGUCCGAAACUCAACCAAACGCCUAUGACUGCCCGACAGGAAACUCGUGGUAACAUAAGCAUCGGCUUCAUUGCAUUAGCGUCUGUAUCGUCGGUAGUUGGACUUCUGGCGGUCAUCUUAGGCGUUUAUAUUUGCCUGAUGAGAAAGAAACGUCGAUCGUCUGCUGGUCAACACAAUGGAGUAACAGAAAGAUCACAACCCGCUAUAGAGCCACCUUAUGACCAAUGUUCUGCACGCGCUUCACACGAAGACCAUCAGUAUAAUUACAUCAUCCCUGCAGAUUACGAUUACGUCAUCCCUGCAGACGAUGACGGCUACUUGGAUAUGACAGCGGGUUCUCAUACUGCAACAUUCAAGUGCUAAGAUGUUUUAUAGAACAGCGGAGCAUUGAAUUGGACAGCACUAUUCCACGAUGGUUGCAGCCAUAUCUUCCAGAAGACUUGCAGCUUUGUUAAACAAUAUUUUUGAAACAUUUUGCAAUCAAAUUACUAUUAGUGAUUGUAUAGUAAAUGGUAAAUUUAAAAAAUGUAAAAUGCAUGUGUGUGAAAGAAUGUUACAUUUGAAAAUAUUCAAAUGAAUAUGUAUUUAAAAUCAAUAUGUAGCAAUAACAGCAACUCUAUCAGAUGUUUUAAGGUAGACCUCGUAUUUAAAUACAUUGAGAUGAAUAUGCAAGUAUAAAUAUAACAAUAA